AUGGCUCCUGCUGCGGAUCACGAGACGGCGCCGCUGCUGGCGGAUCGCCGCGACCCCGAGGAUGCGCUGACCAGCUCGGUCGACACCAUCUGCGCCGCCGACUUUGACCCGGAUGGCGACAGCGAGAAUCCGCUCGAGUGGACGACGCCGUAUAAAUGGUUCAUCGUAUUUUUGCUGGCCAUGUCUGCCUUUACUGUCACGUUUUCCUGCGUCUCCGUCGUGCCCGUGGCCCGGCGCAUAUCCCGCGACCUCGGCGGCAGCCCCAACGACACCUCGUCCGAGGUGCUCCUCGUCACCAUUUGGGAGCUUGGCGAGGCCGCCGGCCCGCUGCUCAUCGGCUCGCUCUCGGAGCUCUUUGGCCGCUCGCCCGUCGUCAACACGGCCAACGUGCUCUUCGUCGGCGCCCUCGUCCUCGGCGCCCUCGCCCCGACGCUGCGCUUUCUCACCUUUACCCGCGCCCUGACCGGCGCCGCCGUCGCCAUCAACGUCCUCGGCCCGGCCAUCAUUGGCGACAUGUUCGUCCCCGAGCAGCGCGGCACCGCCAUGAGCAUGAUCCUCUUCGCGCCGCUCCUCGGCAGCUCGCUCGGCCCCGCGUUCAGCGGCGCCGCCAUCGAGACGCUCAGCUGGCGCGUCAUCAUCUUUGUCAGCGUUGUACUGGCCGCCGUGUGCUACUCCAUCUCGUUUGUCUUCUUCCGCGAGACGUACAAGCCCGCCAUCCUGCGCCGCCGCGCCGCCAAGCUGCGCGCUGCGAGCCCAGCGUCGGACAUGGACAAGCCCGUGACCAAGCACACGUACAGGUCGCUCUGGCUAUCCAUUGCGCGACCCGUCACUGUGCUUGCCAGCAGCGGCGUGCUCAUUGCGAUUUCUUUUUACAUUGCCAUCAUGUUUUCGCACUUUUACGUGGCAGCCAUUACGAUGCCGAGAAUUAUCGAGGACAUUUACCACUUGUCACCAACGGCGGCCGGACUUUCUUUCUUUUCUAAUGCCCUCGGAUCUCUGAUCGGCAUCAUGGUCUGCAAGUCAUGGCUGGACAGCAUCUAUGUCAAGCUUCGUGACAACAACAAUGGAGUUGGACUGCCGGAAUUCCGUCUGCCAAUUGCCAUUUUCGGCGCCGUUACCAUCGUCCCUGCCGUUGCGCUCUACGGCUGGUGUGCCCAGUAUAAAUGGAACCUCUACCUCUUCCUUGUCGCCUGCGUCUGGGUCCGCAUGUCCCUCAUCAUGUCCUUUACGCCCCUCACCGCCUACGUCGUCGACGCCUGUGGUCUUUACUCAGCCUCUGCACUGACGGCUGUCAUUGUCAUCCGCUGUCUUGCUGGGGCUUUCUUGCCACUUGCAAUAGACAAGCUUGUCAAUCAGUUGGGCUAUGGCUGGGGCUUUAGCGUGUAUGCGCUGGCCACGCUGGUGGUGGUUUCGGUGCCUGUUGCCCUCUACUACAAGGGCGAAAGUUGGAGAAAGAAUAGCGAGUAUACAAGGGUGGAGGAGCAUGUCGAAGCUGAUUAG